AUGUCCUUUGAAGAAAUAUCAACGAUACAAAAUGAUUUGAUUUUGUUUUACGAAAAAGACACCACUACCUACCUAGUUAGCCCAAUAGCAUGGAAAUGCAAUAACAGGUUUCAAGUUACACUCGAGUCUGAGAGGAACCCUGGAAAAACUCACAUGCUGUUUCAACGACAAUCAAUGCAAUGCUUGAAUUUUGCUUGA